GAUGUUUACGACAGUGCAACAGAGAGCAAGAUGUCUGUCCCCAAGCUCCAGGCAGAAGAAAUGCUGGUUGCCGCAGAUUACAAGACUGGAGAGGGUCCCGCCUCCGAUGACCACCUGCGGAACCUGAAAGCCCUGACGGAGAAACUGAGGCUGGAGACCAGGAGACCUUCGUAUUUGGAGUGGAAAGUCCGGCUGGAGGGGCUCACAUGGAAGUGCCACCCCAAACCUCCAGAGGAGGAGGAAGAGGAAGGGGAGGAAGAGGAGGAGGAGGAAGACUACCAGGACAAGAAUGCCCUGGAGGAAAGCGUUCCUCUCAGACGGACGCAGGGCCAAGUCACUGAAGUCCCUUCCGAACAGCUCACCUCAGAGAAAAGCAGUGGCUUUGCAAAUAUCGAUGAAGCUUUAAAUUGGCUCAGGAAGGAACUGCUGGAGAUGCGUCUGCAGGACCAGCACCUGGCCCGGCAGCUCAUGCGCCUGCGCAGCGACAUCAACAAGCUCAAGAUCGAGCAGACCUGCCACCUCCACCGGUGCAUGCUGAAUGACGCCACCUACGAGCUGGAGGAGCGGGACGAGCUGUCCGACCUGCUCUGCGACUUCCCCCUGGCGUCCUCCUUCAGCCUCUCCGCCCCUCUCAAGCUCAUUGGCGUGACCAAAAUGAACAUCAACUCCCGCCGGUUCUCGCUUUGUUAGAGGACGGGAUAGCGAGGCGCAGGGGUGCGCGAGGGGCUCUCAGGUGAGAGAGGUUGAGACAGAGAAGCCAGGAGGGCCCACCGGAUGGAGAGAGCGGUACCCACGGCAGCUCUUCUGUCGGUCCAAGAUGGCAGGGUUGCAGUGGCCGGGCAGAAAUCCGCAGGGCGGGCGCGAUGCGACCGCCUGGACCCCUGAAGGGAGACACGCCACAAAUCCAACACUUGCCUGCCAAGGCAUCCCCGUGAUAGGAUGGUGUUCGUGAAGGAUGCUGUGAUGAGCUGAAGGCUCCACAGAUGUGGGGGAUCAGGCGACACACCCCUGCACGCCGCCGGGGAAGCCUUUGGCUCACUUCCGGUGGGACCGUGAUGGGAGGGGCAGGCAGCCACGAGGGCACGACGUGGCUGACGUGAAGGGCACCAGGCUCCGGCGUACGGGACACAACCGCACCCCCUUAGGCCCUCCACUAGGGAGCUAGGAGUGUUGUCAAACCCGUGCUCUGGUUUGCAGAUUGUCCGGCACUGUUCCUUUUAUUAU